AUGUCUGAGGGGACAUACCAGCAGCUCUGGGUUUCCACGCAUCAGACACUACAAGAGUUGUUAUUCCAGGAGCAGUUCCCGCCAGACCCAGUGCCUGACCGAGAGCGAGGCUCCUUCAUCUAUAGGCUCUCAUCACUCUUUCUGCACUACCUGGGGAUGAUGCGGCAGCUAGACGUCAUCUAUGACCAGAUGGUGCAACCCCAGAAGCGGCAACUGGUCCGCCGCCUGUUGGACGGGGUGGCCGGUCGGAUCCUGGAACUCAAGGAGGAGCUGGUGCAAGUCGAUCUAUCUGAGUACCACUGCCUGGACCAUGUGCUUCAGGACCUAAAACUCACACCGGCUGACCUAGAAGUCCCAAUUCCCAAAUACUUCAUGUUGGAACAGAGGAAAGUGCUCCAGGACCGGGAGGAAAUGAUGGCAGAGAUCCUGGAGAAAAUUGGGCGAAAGGACGCCAAGGCUGAUGGUGUAAUUUUACGCCAGUCGGAUGCAAUUAUGUUGAUCCAACGUGCUGAGCGAGCCAGGCAGGGCCGGCUGCGGGCCAAGUUUAUGCGAGAGAUUCGAAAGGAUGAGGAAUUUGAAGGAAGGGUGCGGGAAAACAAGUGGUUUGAGUCCAAUAAAGAUCGGGCAGCUCUUAUCAUCCAAAAGCUUUGGAGAGGUUACCUUCAGCGGAAGCGCACUCGACAGGAGAGGCUGUUAGAAAUGGAAUUCAUUGGCAUGAUACCUUCUUCCAAAGAAGCUGACUACUUGGCAACUGUGAAACGGGCCCAAAACGGGGAGGAACUGCGCAGACAGCGCCAGAAAGAGAAAGAGCUGGAGUACAAGGAGGCAAUGGUUGAACUUCAGAAACAUCUGAAGGACAAAGAAGGGCCCGAUAUACAGGAGGAGAUGAAGGAACAGAUUCGGCAGUGGUUCAUUGAGUGCCAUGACCUCACUGGCCAGUUCCCUGAAUUUCCAGAUGAAGAGAUAGGUGGCUCUCAAGUAAUCUUUUCAGACAAGACCCCGCAACAGGUGAAAACAGAAAUGGACUUAAUGGAAGAAGAUACUCCCAAAAAGAAGGGGAAAGAAAAACCAAAGGAAAAGGAAAAAAAGAAAAAGGAGAAGAAAGGGAAGAAUGAAAAGCCUAGGAAGGGGGAGGAAGAAACUAUGCUGAAAAUGGCACCAUCCAAAUUUGUGCCAAUUAUUAAUGAAGGGCAUGAGGAGUACCAGAUUAUGUGGGAGGCUCAGGAAGUGCCCAUGCACCCAGACCAGAGUUUCGACGCUGAGAUGAUUCGGGAGCAGAAGAGGAAGGAGGUGGAAGCAGAGAUCCGCAUCCAGGUGGACAAGCUGAUGCGCCAGGAGCUGCAGAGCCUCCGCCUGGCCGUAGAUAGGGAAGAAACAAGACCAGUCAAAGCGAAGUCCAAAGCCUCCAAGAAAGGGAAGAAAGGCAAGAAGAAGGACAAAGAUCUGACCCCGAACAGAACCGUGGCCUCUCUGUAUGAAGAACUCGUGGAAGAGGGCUUGAUCAAGAAGAGCGAAUAUGUGAGACUGUCUGAUUACAUUGGUGACUACUUAUAUCUUGGGUCUGCUUUGAAACUGGGAAACAGGGAGCCAAUGCCAUCCCUAUUCGACUUGAGGCAGAAUGUAAUUCUGUAUGGGGUCCUGCGGCUUGGAUCUGCUGACAUACAUACCAUGGCUCCCCAUGUCCGAUCCAUUCUCCUCGCUGGCCCUGCUGGUACGGGAAAGAAGAUGUUAGUCAAUGCGGUUUGUACUGAGACUGGGGCUAACCUGUUUGACCUGUCCCCGGAAAACCUGGAAGGAAAAUAUCCGGGCAAGGCAGGGCUGCAGAUGAUGAUACACAUGGUCUUCAAGGUGGCUCGACUCCUACAGCCUUCUGUGAUCUGGAUUGGGAAUGCUGAAAAGACAUUUUAUAAGAAGGUCCCAAAAGAGGAAAGGGAGAUGGACCCCAAACGAGUAAAGAAGGACCUGGCAAAAGCCGUGCGCCUGCUUCGUCCCGGUGACCGAGUGAUGCUGAUUGGAACGUCGGACCAGCCGCAGAUCGCCGACAUCAAGGGGCUGUGCAAAACGUACGAGAGGAUCCUGAUGGUGCCCCAGCCGGAUUAUGCCACUCGAUACGUCCUCUGGAAGCAUUUGAUUGGGCAGUAUGGGAAGUCUUUACUGAGCCACGUGGAUAUCAGUGGACUGACCAAGGUCUCAGAUGGCUACACCCCUGGGGACAUAACUUUAGCUGUCCAUUCCGUGAUGACUGAGAGGCGGAAGAUCCAGCUGAUCAAGCGGCCUCUCACACCCUAUGAGUUUCUGGAAUUUCUGGCCAAGAUGGACCCAGUAUAUGAGGAGGAGGAGGUGUCACUGAAGGAUUGGUACUUUAAGACUCCUCUGGGGAAGAGGAAUGUGAAAGCUGCUGAGGAUCGAGCAGAGGAGGAAGCAGCAAGAUUGGCAAAAGAGAAAAAGAAGAAGAAAUUAUGA